CCGUACUAAAUUUCACAGCUAAUUUCGCGCGCGUCUCCACCUGCGAAAUUGAACGAACGCGUCCCACCGCUUCUCCUAAUUCCCCACUUUCGCUUGUUGACCUCUACGACAUUCUGAAAUUGCAGGUUCAUUUCUAGCGCCUCCGCCCUCUCCUUCCGGCAAACGGUGCCAGAGAUAUAUAUUGUCUUCAAUAUGGCAUCCGAGGAUAGUAAACUAACACCAGAAAUAGAGGGAGGUGACCGUGCUUCUCUUCGACAUUCUCUACUCGGACCGUCACUGCUCAAAGCUGGACAGGACAAAGUCGAUCAAAAGAAGGUUGGAGAAAUCAUAUAUAACGCUUCGAAGGGGUCGAAAUUUUUCAAGCAUGAGGAGAGGAGGGAUCAGCAGCUUACAAAACGUAUUGAGAUCAUCCAGCGGCGGAAAAAACAUCUAGAGUCUUUGGACUUAUCCUCGCAAAUAAGGAGGGUGGACGAAGAGAUCGCUGCUUCGGAGGCCUCUCGAGACCUUUCCCAGAUCAUUGUACAUGUCGAUUGCGAUGCUUUCUAUGCAUCAGUUGAAGAACUUGAUCGACCGGAGCUUAAGGAAGUUCCGAUGGCGGUAGGCGGUGGAGUCCUAACAACAUGUAACUACAAAGCUCGUGGGUUUGGCGUACGGAGCGGAAUGGCGGGGUAUAUUGCGAAACAACUCUGCCCGCAGCUAGUUUUCCUACCCUUGAGCUUUCACAAGUAUACUGCAAAGGCCGAAGAAAUCCGUGAGAUCCUAGUCAAGUACGACGGUAGGUAUGAGGCGGCGAGUGUAGAUGAGGCCUUUUUGAACAUUACAGGAUAUCUAGAAGACCAUAGAGACACGACCCCCGAUAAAGUCGUCGAACAGCUCCGCCGCGAAGUUCUCGAACACACUAAAAUUAGUGUCUCUGCUGGUAUUGCGCCAAAUGCAAGGCUAGCAAAAGUCGCCUCAAACCAAAACAAGCCAAACGGCCAAUUUCGCAUCCCCAAUGACCGCGAGGCAGUAAUGCACUUCAUGCGCACCCUCCCCGUGCGCAGAGUCAACGGGGUCGGCCGCGUAUUCGAGCGCGAGCUCGAUGCCGUGGGCGUAAGGACCUGGGGCGACGUCUUCGCCCUGCGUGGCAUCCUCAGCAAGCUCUUUAGCAAGAAGGCGUGGUCAUUCCUACUGAAUUCCUAUCUCGGCCUCGGCAGGACCUGCAUCCACCCGGUGGCAGAAUACGAGCGCAAGAGUCUGGGCACCGAGAGCACCUUCAAGGACCUUUCUGGUCCCGGGCCGCUGCGCGACAAACUCCGCUCGACGGCACAGGAGCUGGAAAGGGACCUCCUCGCGGCGAACCUCGCCGGACGUACUAUCACUGUUAAAGUUAAGCUGCACACCUAUCAGGUGCACUCCCGCCAGAAGGCGCUACAUCGCGUGAUCUCUUCCGCGGAGGAUUUGUAUAACCAUGCAUUGCCACUGCUACAGGAGCUCGAGGGUGAAUUCCAGCCGUUCAAAAUCAGAUUAAUGGGCCUGCGCGUGACGCAGUUGUCUAGUACUAGGAAGGGCACUGGGAAGAUGAACUUUUUUAAGAACCUUCCCCAGUCGAUAGAAGGGGAAGCCGAAUGGGAAGCCUGGCCUGAAGGAUCACUCGACGGGCUACUAUCGAGCGGGCACUUAUCUCAGGAAGUCCAGGAUGAGGAACAACUCGCGAUAGAAGAGGCUUUAAACGCUUCCUUAAACAUGCCCGCCAGGGAUACUCCGCAGGACCCAUCACCACCCCCGAAGAUGGUGUUAAAGGAGAGAUGGGAGUGUCCAAUUUGUGCAAGGUCGCUGCCGGCCGAUGAUGCAGUUUUCAAUGAACAUGUGGACUUUUGUCUCUCGCGGGAGACCAUUCGCGAGGUUGUUCAGGAAUCUGCUGGCGUGAGACUGGUAAAGGAGCCCGAGAGGAAGAAGGAUGCCAAGGCGCGACCGGGGAGGCCAGGGUCUAAACAUGGAGGGAUGGAUAGUUAUUUUCCCAAACUGCAAUGA